AUGUCCAAUGAUCAAAGCAGCAAUAAAUUAAACAACAGCCAAAACCGAGAAGAUUUAACAGCACAAGCAUAUUAUUUCUCGAGAGUGGAAAAAGGUUUAUUGUUCUCGGCAACAGCAAUUGGUAACCUGAUAGGUACUUUUCCAGUAAUUGUACUUGAACAAAAGUUAGCCACUAGAAACUUAUUUGCAUUGUUUGGAAUGAUAUCAGCAAUCUCAACUCUUCUAAUCCCUUGGUCUGCUUCAUUUGACUACAGCGUUCUUUUAGCUAUGCGAUUUAUUGAAGGAUUCGCUUAUGCAUCAGUCUAUCCGGUCAUUGGCACUAUUACCUCUCAGUGGUCAUUACUAGCUGAUAGUGGAAUGUACAUGUCAUUACUCACAUGUCACCUACAGAUUGGACCAUUAAUUACAAUGCCUUUAUCAGGAGCUUUAUGUGUAUCAAAGUUUGGUUGGCCAGCAUCAUUUUACAUUCAUGGAGGGCUGACUAUAUUAAGUGUAAUACUGUUUUAUGAAGUGUAUCGUGAUUCACCAAAAAUUCACAAGUUUUUUUUUUCAAUUAUUUCAUUUCAAAAUUUACAAAUAUUAAUCAAAAAUUUUUGCAAAAACAAUACUAAAUCAAAAAAAAUUCUUUACUGCUGUUAUUCAGAGUAUAAAUUUUUUAGGAAUGUUAGCUCCAAAGAACUGUCAAAAAUUGAAAAAGGCAAAAACGUUACGUAUGAAAGGAAAAUGCCCAAAGUCCCAUACAAUGCAAUGCUAAGAGAUAUUUCGGUUUGGGCUGUUUGGAUUGCAUGUAUUGGUAGUACAUUUGGUUUCCAAAUAUUUUUUCAAUAUGGACCUGUGUAUUUAAAUGAAGUAUUACAUUUCGAAGUACAAAAGACGGGUCUUGCUUCAGCAUUACCAAUGAUAUUAUCAAUGUUAGUGAAGAUUUGCUUUGGACCAUUUAGUGACCAUGCUGUUUGCUGUGGACAGAAGACUCGAGUGAUGUUAUUCACAUUUCUUUCGCAGACUUUUAUGGUAGUAUGUUUUCUUUUUCUUGCAUUAAUACCUGCUGACAAGGCUUAUCUUGGCCAAAUUGCUUACACUACAGCUAUUGCAUCAAGCGGCUUGAAUAGCGUAGGUGUGAUCAAAAGUGGACAGCUGGUUGCUCGUCAGCACACACAUUUUGUUAUGUCAGUCAUAUCAGUAAUAAGUUGCUCAGUAAUUUUAAUCCUUCCACUAUUGGUAUCUAUUCUCGCACCGGACAAUACAAUGCAACAAUGGUCAAGAAUCUUUUUUGUGAUUAUUGGCUUGAUGAUCGCUUGUAAUAUGUUAUUCUUCUUUGUUGGAAAAGCAUCUGAAGCUCCUUGGACCAAAGCAAACAGUCAACAAAUCUUUACUACAGAUCUUUCCAACGACAAUAACAACAACACAUCAACUACUAAUAAAACAUAG